AGUGGAUGCAGGAAUCGACCGACAGACAUGUGGCUCCUGAAUGUCAUACUGCCAGUGCUGUGGGUCUAUUAUAUCGGGAUUAAAGUGCUUCUCCAGCAGCUUUUCAGCCGACGCUUCACAUUACCAGCAGGUAUUCAUUAAUGAAUGAAGAACUAGCUGAAGGCACAGCUGAUAACCAAUGGAGAUUAAAAGUGCUGAAGGUUUGCAAGCCGGACCAGCAGGUUCACAGUUAGACCUUAAACUAGUUGCUCAUCCGAGAGCAAAGAGUAAAGUAUGGAAAUACUUUGGGUUUGACACCAAUGCUGAAGGAUGUAUAUUACAGUGGAAAAAGAUUUAUUGCCGUAUAUGUAUGGCUCAAAUAGCCUAUUCUGGGAAUACCUCCAACCUUUCAUAUCACCUCGAGAAGAACCAUCCGGAUGAGUUUUGUGAAUUUGUAAAGAGCAACACUGAACAAAUGAGAGAAGCGUUUGCAACAGCUUUCUCUAAAUUAAAGUCAGAAUCUUCCCAGCACAUUGUUCAGGAUAAUUUAAUAAUGAAAACUAGCCAUAGCUUUGAAAACAAAAAACAAAUAGAACUAACAUCUGCUGUAAUUAGCCUUAUUUGUGAGGGCAUGUUCCCUGCUUCUAUUCUAGAUGAACCAACAUUUAAGUCACUUUUAAAAACAGCAGAUCCAAGGUAUGAAUUUCCCAGCAGAAAGUACAUAUGUACCAAGGUAUUGCCUGAGAAGUAUAAUGCUAUUAGAGAGAUUAUUUUGAAGGAGUUGAUUGACAUCCUAUGGUGUGGAAUAUCCACAGAUAUGUGGAGGAGUGAAAGUCAGAACAGAUCACAUGUGACGCUCUUUGUACAUUUUUUGAGCAUUAGUAACUCUAACUAUUUGUUUUUAAACUCAAGAUGUUUAAAAACCUUUGAAGUGUCAGAAGAAAAUAAAGGUGAGACCAUAACUCGUAUCCUAUAUGAAGUCUUUAUUGAAUGGGGAAUCAGUGCAAAAGUUUUUGGUGCUACAACAGAUUACAGUAAAGACAUUACAAAGGCAUGUUCCCUUUUAGAUAUCCCAGUAGAUAUGCCAUGUUUAGGGCACACUUUAAACAUAGGAAUACAACAAGCUUUUCAGCUUCCAAAACUUUGUGGACUUCUCUCCAGAUGUAGGAAACUCGUUGAGUAUUUUCAGCAAUCCUCUGUUGCAAUGUACAUGUUAUGUGAAAAACAGAAACAGCAGAGCCUUUUACCAUGUAUGCUAAUAAGCGACCGUGUUUCUUGGUGGGGAAGCACACUUGCAAUGCUACAUCGUCUUAAGGAACAGCAGUUUGCGAUUGCAGGUGUUUUGGUGGAAGACAGUAAUAAUCAUCAUCUCAUGUUAGAAGCCAAUGAAUGGAAUACAAUUGAAGGUCUAGUGGAUCUGCUGCAGCCGUUCAAACAGGUGGCUGAAAUGUUGUCUGCAUCGAAAUAUCCCACAAUAAGUAUGGUUAAACCACUAAUUCACAUGCUGCUUAAUACAUCACUAAAUAUUAAGGAGACUGAUCUAAAAGAAAUAAGCAUGGCCAAGGAAGUCAUUGCUAAAUCACUAUCCACCACCUACCAACAGACACCAGAAAUAGAUAUGUUUCUGAAUGUGGCAACGUUUUUAGAUCCAAGGUACAAAAAGCUUCCAUUUCUUUCUGCAUUUGAACGUGCACAAGUUGAAAAUAGGGUUAUAGAAGAGGCGAAAAGCCAUAUAGACAAAGGGAAAGAGAACUUUCAAACUGAUGACAAAGUUUUUGCCAUGUCAGAAGAACCACCCAUGAAAAAAAUAAUGGUUUCAUCUACUCCUCCUCCAACAAGUAGCAUAAAUAAUAUGUUGGCUGCAAUUUUUUGCCAAUCAGGAGCACCUGAAGACCAAGAAGAAUGGAAUGCCCAGGUUGUUGAGGAGUUGAGCAACUUUAAAUCACAAAAGGUUCUUGGUUUAAAUGAAGAUCCUCUCAAGUGGUGGUCUGAUCGCUUGGCAUUAUUUCCUCUUUUACCAAAAGUUCUUCAAAAGUACUGGUGCAUUUCUGCAACAAGGGUCUUUCCAGAACGUCUUUUUAGUUCCUCAGCAAAUGUUAUAAAUGCAAAAAGAAACAGAUUAGCACCAGCUCAUGUGGAUGAGCAGAUAUUUUUGUAUGAGAACAUGCGCAAUUGCUCUGAAGCAGAGCCUGAAGAUGAUGAUGAGGGAGAAUGGGGCUUGCAGCAAGAACACUUUUUAAUUUAAGUGACCCCAGUAAUGUUGGAAGCAGUUUUCUGUUCAAUUAAAGGCUUUAAAUUCAUGUA